AUGGAUGAUCUGACAGAGAUGCAGCAGAUGGCACUUGACUUCUAUAAAGCCCUAUACACGUUAGAGGGGGUGGAUGUUUUAGAGGAUGUCCUCCAACACGUCCCCUCCAAGGUGACAGUAGCUAUGAAUGAAUCCCUAACAGCGCCGUACAGGAAGGAAGAAGUUAAGAAGGCACUUUUCCAGAUGUACCCGACCAAGGCCCCGGGGUCGGACGGGUUUCCGGCGCACUUCUUUCAGAGGCAUUGGGAUAUUUGUGGUGUGGCGGUCACUCGUGCUGUCCUGAGUAUAGUUCGUGGAGAAGAAAGCCCGGAGUGUGUGAAUGACACCGUUUUGCUAGAGCUACGGGAUGUUACAUAUGCACACCUGAUUAACUAUUGCAUUGAAUGUUCAUCUCAGGCUCUUUCAUCAAAUCCAAAGGUUCCAACAGUGAAGAGGAAAGCAGAUGCAAAUGCUGCAACUACUGUGCCAAAGAAAGUACAGAAAUUAACCAAGGACUGGAGCUGUGCACUAUGCCAGGUUAGUGCACCAUGUGAAGCUGCUCUAAAUGAGCAUCUUGGAGGAAGAAAGCAUAAGGCAAAGUUGGCACAGCGUGGCGUCAGCAAGACGAUCAAAGAUGGCAAAAACUGCUCGCAGACGACCACUGGGAAUGAGAACAGCACAGAUCCUUGUGAUGCACCUAAGAAAAUAUGCAUGCUUGGAGGAACAAAGCAUAAGGCAAAGUUGGCACAGUGUGGCGUCAGCAAAACAAUCAAAGAUGGCAAAAACUGCUUGCAGACGACCACUGGGAAUGAGAACAACACAGAUCCUUGUGAUGCACCUAAGAAAAUGAAAAUAUGCAUGCCAGUAGACGGUGCAAUGCAUGAAGUUGUUCGGAAGGACAAAUACCUGUGGUGUGAUCACUGCAGAGUCAGUUGUGAUAACUAUGCCACCAUGGCUUGCCAUCUGCGGUGCAAGAAGCAGAGUAAAUUAACCAAGGUUUGUUCAUCGAUAAAGGCUGUGAGGACAAAUACCAAUACUACGGAAGGUUUGCCUUCUUCUUGUGGAAGUCAGGUAAAUACAAAUGGCUCUACUGAAAUUCCAGCGGUAAUUGAAGGCGGCAUAAAUAUGACCACCACGGUAGAUGAAAGCGGCCCUGUAGAAAAUCCAGUCCGGAAAGAAAUGACAAAAACGGCCACCAUAAAGGCUGUGAGGACAAAUGCUGAUACUAAGGAAAGUUUGCCUUCUUGUGGAAGUCGGGUAAAUACAAACGGCUCUAUUGAAAUUCCAGUGGUAAUUGAAGGCGACAUAAAUAUGACCACCGCAGUACAUGAAAGCGGCCCUGUAGAAAAUCCAGUCCGGAAAGAAAUCACAAGAAUGGCCACCAUAAAGGCUGUGAGGACAAAUACUGGUACUAAGGCAAAUUUGCCUUCUUCUUGUGGAAAUCAGCAGCUUAUCUCAGGUGUUGCUGGGAGAAACCCAACAAAUCAUGGGAGAUCAGAAAACUCAGUGAACAUCAUGGCAAGCUUGCAGCCAAGAAGCAAUCCAUGUCCUGUGGUCCUGCUGUUUAUUUCUGUUAGGCCAGAGUUCCAAUGUCUCUCGCAUUGCUCAGCUGUUGUACCUUCUCGAGUUUGAAUUCUGGAUUGUUAUAAUUUGUAUCUCAUAUAGAUCUGGUGUUAUAUCUUCUGAAAUAAUCUAUACUGACGUCUGCCCUA